CUCUGGAUCGGUGUGGGGCCAUUGACAUCCUGGUGUCCAAUGCAGCAGUCAAUCCUUUCUUUGGAAACAUCAUGGACUCCACAGAGGAGGUCUGGGAUAAGAUCCUAGAUGUGAACGUAAAAUCAGCCUUCCUCAUGACCAAGCUGGUGGCGCCUCAUAUGGAGAAGAGAGGAGGUGGAAAUGUCAUAUUUGUGUCAUCUGUGGCUGGAUACCAACCAAUGCAGGCUUUGGGUCCUUACAGCGUGAGUAAGACGGCCUUGCUGGGUCUAACCCGGGCUCUGGCCCCUGAGCUGGCUCAGAGCAACAUAAGAGUGAACUGCGUGGCCCCUGGAAUAAUCAAGACCAGCUUCAGCUCUGCGCUGUGGCAGAAUGAAGGCAUCGUGGAUGAGUUCAAAAAGCAGCUAUGCAUUAAAAGAGUUGGAGAACCGGAGGAAAUCGGAAGUGUGAUUGCGUUCUUGUGCUCCGAGGAGGCGUCCUACAUCACCGGAGAGACCAUCACAGUGACCGGAGGGAUGAACUGUCGACUUUGAACGCAUCUUUUUUAAUUUCAUUUUGAUUUCUUCUAUUUUUCUGAAGUGCUGGCAAAGAACAGCCAUAAUUAAGCUUAGCGCAGGAGCUACAACACACUAAUAUAAACCAAUAUAAUGAAGCACAGAGAGCUCUUUGUGUUACUGUGAGCAUCUUCAGUUUCCAGGUUGAUUUUUGUUGUGUAAAGGUUUCUAAUGAAAAAUCUGAUGUUUUUGUAAAAGAAAAUAAUUAAUUUAAAACGAGGAAAUGUCAUUUUAAACUGCAGCAGCUAUGAGAUAAAAGCUAUUUCAGUGCAUAAACAUAUUCAUGAUUAACAGGCCAGGGAUGGUCUAAUAAACUGAUGUAAUAUCAGUCAUUACAUGAGCUGAACGUCAGGAGCAGUUUGAGAGCUUCGCCUUCAUCGAUGAGCAAAAAGGAGCGUGCACCAGUGUCAUCAUCAGCCAGUUUUUAUUUUGCAUUUCAUUUCAUAUAUUUCAUACAAAACAUCACAAACUUUAUUAACAGAGAUAUUAUUACAUAUUGCAAGUUAAAAAUAUUUCACAUUUGUAACAGACAAUACAGAUAUGUUUUAAAAAAAUACAAUUUAAAUGAUUAAAAAAAACUGUAUGGCACUGCCUGUAACCACGGCUACGUUUUUCCACGAUGUCAAAGCACCUGUUCAAGUUUUAAUCGCCCUGAGUCAGGUUUAUUUCAAGCAAAUGGAAGAUAAAAGUGUCCAUCAGUCUCAAUAGCAUUUAAAAACCUGUUAUUCUUUCCAACCAUGUUGCCGGAGGAGGAAAAACAUU